CCCAGUUUGUAAAAUGUGAGGUUUCUUUGACCAUGUUUUCUUUUGUCAAGGAUUUUGUCUUUAUUUUUCCCUUAUGAACUUUUCAAAUACAUUUUAACUUAUGAGAUAGUUUUAAAAGGCUUUGUGUGAUGGGUUUGCACAUGGUCUGCACUAAGGUCAGGUUGCCCAAUCUCAAGAACCAUAUUUGUACUCAGAGAUUCAAAUUCUGGGGACUGAAGCCUCAGACCAGUUGGUUCUGUUAAAAUAAUACAAUUGAAACUAGACUGAAUUCUGGACUUAUCAGUGUCUUUCCUGGGGCACAUAUGAGGGAAGGACUUUGACCAAAAUCACACCGCCUAUGAAAACCAGAAAUAGAAACCAGCCUUAUAUUCCAUACUUCCUUAUUGCCACCAGCGUCAGUAUAGGCCUUUCACUGUGUCACCCUUUAAAAACUCAUUUUUAAUUUCUGAAAUAGCAUGGUAUUCCCUAUAGGAGUAUGCCAUUUGAAUGAGUCCCAAAGGCAUGGAAAGCUUGUCCCUGUACCAGUAAGCAUAUAGACGCAGCCUUGUAAGCAAGAUGCAGGAAAUAGCCUUAUGUAUUGUCUGUCUUCAGCUGCCCUUGUACUUGUUUUUUCUUCCUUUAAGCUUGCCAGUUCUUCUUGGCCCUUCACCAUUCUAGCUUCUGACUUUAGGACAAACUGAAUAAGAGAAUGAAUUGUCUGCCCCCCCGGUUUCCCAAGCAAAUAUUUGAAGCUGCCAUAGAUUUUCUAGAUUUUAUGUUGAAAAGUAACAAACAAGAACAGCACUACCAUCUGUCAUCAGAGUGAUGAGAAAGUGGUUGUAACACCUCUCUGAAGCAAGGCAGUUUUGCUCACUGGUGGAGGUGCAUUCAGUGACAGGUUGUUGGGUGCUGUAGACCGAUACAUCCAGAAGGAGCCUGAGUCAAGUCACUUCUGUCUUGGGUCUCAAAGAGGAAGCAGAAGGAGGGAAGGAGGGUCCUGGAUGAUUCUUCUUUCUUCUGGGUCUACCUCUUCUCACUCCUCCCUGAUUUAUCUCCCUCUGUUUCCUAUGAAGCCUCCAGUAUUAUCUCUGCUUUCCCUCCUUCCCACUCCCCAGGGAAACUCAACUCCACUGCAUCCCUAGAGACCCAGAAUCUCAUCCCUUGUUCCCUUCUGGAAUCUCACCAAUGCUAUCACCUUGGGCUCUGGCCAGCUGCUAAUGGAGGCUGUCCUCUGCCCGGGGUUGUUGGUUCUGAAGAGAGGAAGAAUGAGCUACGGAGUGGGGGAGGGGGUUAGCUGGGAUCAGUUCAGACUCUUCAACAAUGGGAAAAUUGCAGGUUACCUCACUCAUUACCUAGAAAGCAAAAUUGAGUCUUAAUAUUCUUCUCAAGACAAUGUAAUUCAAUCCUAUAUUAAGCAAGUAUAGUCUCCCAGUCAGCAUGACUUUGCUCCAAAUGGACACAAUAACCUUGACAUGGUCUGUAAGGGAUGUCUUGUUUCUGAGCCUGUGCUCACCUACCACAUUCAUUAGGAAUGAUAAAACCAGUGACAAAUUAAUUGUUUCCCAUUCUAUUUCAUGGAUGAAGGGCAGGGAGUCACCAUCCAUUUUCUCCCAGGCUCCGCGGCCACAGUCCUCAUCCUCAACGACAUACGUCCAGCACCAUGAAGGGCUUCCUCUUCGCUGGUAUCAUCGUCAUGCUCACGGUUGCAGCUGUAGAAUCCUUGAGUUGUGUGCAGUGUAAUUCGUUGACAGACCCCUGUGUUGACGGAAAUGCCGUUGAGUGUCCCGCAAAUGCCAGUAUCAGCUGUACCACUUUCUUGACGAACUUUUCUCUAGGAGAAAACAUCACAUGGUAUGAGGAUAAGGCCUGCUCUGCGGAUAAUUGCAGCGUGGCUGAGACUUUCACAGUCCACGUAUCUGCUAAUGAAACCUUCCAUUUUGCAAGCCAGUGUUGCCAAGGAAAGGCGUGCAAUGACACCAACGACACCAUAGAUCCCCCACAGGAAGAGGUGUCCAGCAACACAGGGUGCUCUGCAUGUUAUGGAUCUAGUGAAACUUCCUGUAAUGAGACAACCCGGAAAUGUUAUAAAGAAGAAAGAUGUGUCAGUCUAAUUGCAGAAUUUAAGAAUGAGAUGAAGCUCGUGCUGAAAGGCUGCUCCAAUGUCAGCAACUCCACCUGUGAGUUCCUGGCUACUGGAAAUCGGACGGUUGGAGGAGUCACUUUCCUAAAGUUUGAGUGUGAAAACAGCUCCAAUGCCUCCUCAACACCCACUCCCACUCCCCCGAGCUCCACCAGUGACACUGGCUCUAAAGGCUUCUUCACACCCUUGACCCUUGGCAGCCUUCUCCUGCUGAGGUUGCUGCUCUGAGAUCUGCACCCUCAAACCCUCCCGUCCCCUGUUUAACUGCUCAGUGAGUAGCAGUAGCAGUCACAGCCUUCCAGGUAAUGCCCUGUGAUAGCCACAUUAUUCCUUAUUAUUAAAGCAUUGAUUCAUUCAAUGACCAAAUCUGUCCUGAUAUGUUCUGGGCUGGGCUUCCUUCAAGCCACUGUCCAGCACCACUUCCCAGUUACUUGCCUUUGAAAUCUUUGCACCUUUGUGUGUGGGCUCUCAGGACCUCCCUGAUCCCUGUCUAAUUUGCUUCUGAGAAGCAGACCCUUCCACCUUGCUGGCAUCUUUUGCUUACAGCCCUGCACUUCUGGGGAUCAACAUGCCACUGUCCCCAUCCUCACACUUGGGGGGUGGGGGGCAGCCAUAAUGCCCUGUGUUGACCCCAGCACUGAUAUUUGGCUCUUCAGCAAUUGAACUGGCUGUAGUCUCGGGCCCACAGUGACAUUGUCUAGGACACUGUCACCACCAGACCCAAAGUGGGUGCACAGGGGUUGCUGAAAGUUGUCAGAUUCCCCUGCCUAACCUCCCAGGCAGGGGCAUAAUGCUGUCAGUGCCCUGCUGACUAGGUGUCUCUAAGCCUUGUGCAGAAUGGAACAUGGCUACAGAGGCCCAGCCCCUCCUCUCAGAGAACUACAAUCAAAGGCAGAGUCCUCAACUCCACAGCAGAUACCCAGGGAGCAAGAAAACCAUUCAAUCCAAUAUGCACAGAAGCCCAGUUUUAGUAAAUAAGGGGGGCCUUGAGCUGGACUUGGAAGAAUGGGGUUUUCUGUAAUAAAAACUUUUAAAGGUGUAA